UAGGCCGCGGCGGCGCGGUGGCUCCGCCCUGCCCGGCCAUGGACUACGCAGCAGUCGCCGAGGCGGCGGCUGAGAAGAUGGAGCUCUACCGGCGGGACCCCGGCGGGUGGCGGGGCUGCCGGCACACGAGCGAGGUGUCGGUUUCGUGGAGACCCUCCGCGGAGUUCGCGGGCAACGCGUACAGGGGCGAGGGGAUCGUGCCCGCCAGCCCCCAGGAUGUCUGGGAAUGCAUAAAGCCGGUGGCCGGCGGGCUCAGGACCACGUGGGACCAAAACGUGAAGGACUUCGAGGUCGUCGAAGCCGUCAGCGAUACUGUCUCUGUAUGCAGAACCACAACCCCCUCAGCUUUCAUGAGGAUUAUUUCACCGAGAGAAUUUGUGGAUGUGGUACUAAUAAAGCAGUAUGAAGAUGGGACAAUGCUAUCUGCUGCCAUCAACGUGGAACACCCACUGUGUCCUCCUCAACCAAAUUUUGUGAGAGGUUUUAAUUAUCCCUGUGGCUGUUUCUGUAUACCUCUUCCAGGGGAACCAGGCAGGACUCAGCUCCUCAGUUUCUUUCAGACUGAUCUCGGUGGCUACCUUCCCCAGACGGUGGUGGAUUCCUUCUUUCCAGCUAACAUAGCUGGAUUUUACAGCAACCUGACCAAAGCUGUUAAGGCAUUAAAAGCAUGACAAGACCAAUAGCUGACAUCACCAGCUAAGGGUAGGAAAAAACCUGACAGCUCGAGGGCAGAAAUAGGAAGUUGGCCUUAUGGGACUGUACUACCAGCAAAGAUACUUAGGAAAGGGGAACAAUGGAUUAAGUAAAGUAAAUUUUUAAAACAGCAUUUUUUUACCUGUCUCUGUUCAAAUCAAAGUAUUCUUUUCUAAUACAAUAUCCUUCAUUUUUAUAAUUAAAGAAAUAUCACAGCAGAAGCUGGAAGAAUCCUGGAGGCAGCACUGGUGGCUGUCUGCAGGGAGAAGAUGCAGAUACUAGAUUUGCUCUCAUCCACGUUUUGUCAGUGUCUGUGAGGAGCAGCAUUGCUAAAAUCCACUUAGCACUACAGCAUUAGGUGGGUGCGGGGCAGCCCAUUUUGUCUCUGAAGCUCCCUGUAGACUCCUGUAGAACAACAUUCCUUCCCCAAAAGAAGAGGUAGCUGUUUUGCUAUCAGUGCUCAGAGAUGCUAAGAUGCUUCAGUGGGUCCAAACCAGCAAAAGGUAAAAGCCAGAACAAAUUGGAUCGUGUGGAGGAUCCUGCUUAUGUGUUCCAGCAGACUUCAAUACUAAUGGUAAAUACGCCUUAAGUGUGUUUUUUUUUCUAAAUUAAAUCUACCGGUGCAAAUCAGUUCAUAGUUCUGUGAGUUGACAAAUAGACACUCUUCCUUUCUCCUCUCUGUACCAAAACCAGUGAUUUCUGCAAUGUCGUGAUACAAGCGGCACUGACAUAGUGGCAAUAAAUAAGAGGACUAAGCACUUUACUUGCCAUUUUUUUAAAUGCUUGAAAGGAGCAUUUUUAACUGCACUUGAACAUUUUUCUGUCUCCUGUGGUGAGAGUUUUUAACGGGUAAAUGAUCUUUUCUGUAGCUUAGUCUUGACAGGCCGUAAGGACGUUGCUUUUUUCCUAAGACUGGUUUGCCUCACAGCAUUAUCUUGGGAAAUCAGCUCCUGAUCUUGUGUGCAGUGAUGUGUCCGGCUUUAGAUGAUGUUUAUGGUGCUGGUUACUGCAGGAAUAUCAGACAUUACUGUGGAUUACAUAUAAUUGCAAGAGGAAAAUUAUUUGCUGAAUUAGGAAUUUAAAUGCAGGUUGUGAUUUUAAUGCUGUAACCUGAUUAUUUAACAAGGUGAAUGUGCUGCUUUCUGUCCCUGUAUUUGUUUUAUAUUUAGUAUAGGGCACGGACUUGCACACAAAGUUUCCCACUGUACAUCUUGCCCUGUGGAAUAGAUUUUUCAAGGAAACAGUUUUUAAUCUAGUCUCCUUUGUGUACAAAGAUGUAAAAACUUGUAUAAGUGUGAUGAAAUAAAUAUUUUUCUGCUACAUC